GAAAUGGAUGACGAAUUUGCUGGAAUCGUCAUCGACAAUGGUUCUGGCAUGUGCAAGGCUGGAUUUGCUGGGGACGAUGCUCCUCGGGCUGUCUUCCCAUCCAUCAUUGGCCGACCCAGACACAAGGGUGUGAUGGUUGGUAUGGGACAGAAAGACAGCUACGUGGGAGACGAGGCCCAGACAAAGAGAGGCAUCCUGACUCUGAAGUACCCCAUUGAGCACGGGGUUGUCAACAACUGGGAUGACAUGGAGAUGAUCUGGCAUCACACCUUCUACAACGAGCUCCGUGUUGCUCCUGAGGAACACCCGGUCCUGCUGACAGAGGCGCCACUCAACCCCAAAGCCAACAGGGAGCAGAUGACCCGGAUCAUGUUUGAGACGUUCAACACUCCUGCCAUGUACGUGGCCAUUCAGGCGGUCCUGUCUCUUUACGCUUCUGGUCGAACCACAGGUAUUGUGCUGGACUCUGGGGAUGGCGUCUCUCAUGCGGUUCCUAUCUGUGAGGGCUUCUCUCUUCCUCAUGGAAUCUUCCGCAUGGAUCUGGCUGGCAGAGAUUUGACAGACUACCUGAUCAAGCUCCUCACAGAAAGAGGUCACAAUUUAAACACAACAGCCGAGCGGGAAAUUUCUCGGGACAUGAAGGAGAAGCUCUGCUACGUGGCUUUGGACUUUGAGCAGGAGCUGCAUACGAGCACGUUGUCUUCUGUUCAGGACAAUACGUAUGAGCUUCCUGAUGGACAACUCAUCACCAUCGGUAACGAGAGGUUCCGCUGUCCUGAGGCCCUCUUCCAGCCCGCACACCUUGGGAUGGAGGCAGCAGGGAUUCAUGAGACCACCCACACCAGCAUCCUGAAGUGUGACAUAGACAUCCGUAGGGACCUGUAUGCGAACAUCGUGCUGUCUGGAGGAACCACCAUGUUCCCCGGCAUCGCAGACCGCAUGAAGAAGGAGAUGAUUAUGCUGUCCCCAAAGUCUGUGGCGAUCAGGAUUAUUGCUCCCCCAGAGAGGAAGUACUCCGUCUGGAUCGGCGGCUCCAUCUUGGCCUCCCUCUCCACCUUCCAGCACAUGUGGAUCACUAAGGAGGAGUAUGAGGAGUCUGGCCCGAACAUCGUCCACCGCAAGUGCUUCUGAACACCUGAGUCAAGAU